UCAGCGGGUUAAAGAUGGAGCCGGUGGGCAAGAGGGUGCCACGAGGUGCGGGGUCGUCCUGGUGGAGACUACGGGGGCGGACGAAUUCCCAGACCUCUCUUCCGCUAACUUUCCGCGUCAUGCCCGGGCCAGAGUAGGAAGGGGUGUCCCGCCGCGGAGAUACGCUGCCCUGAGCCUGCAGGAGGGACUAUGAGGCAGUCUGGCCCGCCCGCAGCGCCACCUGGAUGGAGGUCCUGGACGAGUUCGACCGCGAGUUCCCUCAGAGUGUGACCUUCUGCCAGCUCAUCUCCGAGGAGGACUUCGAGAGGCAGGCGACGACUUACACGGAGCGCGCACUGCGCCGCCUCUUCCGCAGCUUGGACCGCAACCCAGCGCUGGCGGAGAGGGUGGUGCGCAAGAGCAAGCAGGCGGAAUGCGAGCAGCGCGGGCUUCUUUCCUUCCUCUGGGCCAAGUUCUUCUGCGCAGUCCAGGGGGAGCUGAACUGUUGCAACAGCAUGGGCGCCCAAGAGAUGCACCAGCGCCUGCAGCACCUAAAGAGGAGCAUCCACCGCGUGCACCUUUACUCCCAGGAUGCCAAGAAGAAGAAAAGGAAGCCUAAAGUGAAGAAACCGGAACCCAUCCUCUUGCGGGACCAGUCAACCUCCCCAUGCCUGCCACCAACACUGCUGCCACCUCCGCCGUUGCCACCACCUGCCACCACCACAGCCUCUGAGACAGCCCCACCACCCCCUGUCUACGCUAUGCCAAGGGUCUUUGGCCCCUUUCCUCCACUGCCUAGCAAGUCGGUGGAGAAAAUGGAAGUUUCCAGUUCUGAGGUGAAACUAAACUGGACUGGCCUGUCAUCAAACCGAAAGAGCCACAUGGUUGAUCUGACCCCCCUGGUCCUCAACCCUGGGGGCUUCCAUUUCUCGUACCUGCCUGGAAACAGUGUGCACAAACUCCAUUGCCCUGGCUUCCCCUGGUACAUUACGUGUGCUGAGUACACACACUUCUAUGGUGGCAAGAAACCAGAUAUUCCACAAACAAAUUUUCGUCGUUUACCCUUUGACCAUUGCAGUCUCUCUCUGCAGCCCUUCAGCUACCCGGUCUGCACCCCUGAAGGCGUCGUCUUCGACUUGCUGAACAUCCUCCCCUGGCUUAAGAAGUACGGGACCAACCCCAGCAAUGGCGAGAAACUGGACGGACGGUCCCUGAUCAAGCUGAACUUCGCCAAGAACAGCGAAGGCAAGUACCAUUGCCCGGUGCUGUUCACCGUGUUCACCAACAACAGCCACAUCGUGGCCGUCAGGACCACCGGCAACGUAUAUGCCUAUGAGGCCGUGGAGCAGCUAAACAUCAAGGCCAAGAACUUCCGAGAUCUGCUGACUGAUGAGCCCUUCUCCCGGCAGGACAUCAUCACCCUCCAGGACCCCACCAAUUUGGACAAAUUCAACGUCUCCAACUUCUUUCACGUUAAGAACAACAUGAAAAUAACAGAUCCAGAUGAAGAAAAGGCCAAGCAGGACCCAUCUUACUAUCUGAAAAACACAAACACCGAGACCCGGGAGACACUGCAGGAGCUCUACAAAGAGUUCAAAGGGGACGAGGUCCUGGCGGCCACCAUGAAAGCCCCAGAGAAGAAGAAGGUGGACAAGCUGAAUGCCGCCCACUACUCCACUGGGAAGGUUAGCGCCUCCUUCACCUCCACCGCCAUGGUGCCCGAGACCACACACGAAGCAGCGGCCAUUGACGAGGACGUGCUGCGCUACCAGUUUGUGAAGAAGAAGGGCUACGUGCGGCUGCACACCAGCAAGGGCGACCUCAACCUGGAGCUGCACUGCGACAUGACACCAAAAACCUGCGAAAACUUCAUCAGGCUCUGCAAGAAGCAGUAUUAUGACGGCACCAUCUUCCACAGGUCCAUUAGGAACUUCGUGAUCCAGGGGGGUGACCCCACUGGCACAGGCACAGGUGGGGAGUCGUUCUGGGGAAAACCCUUCCGAGACGAGUUCCGGCCCAACCUCUCGCACACGGGCCGAGGCAUCCUCAGCAUGGCCAACUCAGGGCCCAACACCAACAAGUCUCAGUUUUUCAUCACCUUCCGCUCCUGUGCGUACCUGGACAAGAAGCACACCAUCUUUGGGCGGGUUGUCGGGGGCUUUGACACACUGACGGCCAUGGAGAAUGUGGAGAGCGACCCUAAAACCGACCGUCCCAAGGAGGAGAUCCGCAUCGACUCCACCACGGUGUUCGUGGACCCCUUUGAGGAGGCCGACAUCCAGAUUGCUGAGGAACGGAAGAAGACCCAGCUGGAGGAGGCAGCCCCAGAGAGCACAGUGAAGAAAAGCCAGCCCAAGUCAGGGAGCCAGGGCCCCCCGAUGUACCGCCAGGGGGUGGGCAAAUACAUCAGCCCGGCAGCCACGAAACGUGUAGCAGACGAGGAACCAUCAACCAGUGCAGCUGUCCCUGUGGCCAAGAAAAAGCCCAGCCGAGGUUUCACGGACUUCAGCUCGUGGUAGCGGUGGGCCUGCUGCUCUGGGUCCUGCCUGUGCCAGCCUGCUUCCCAUUCUCCUGACCUUGACCCUGCUACCUCAGCUUUCCUGAAGUGCCUCUGUGGAAGCGUGGCGACAGCUGCCUCCUCCCAGGCCCAUGUCUCCUCUAGCUCUGGGGCUCUGAAAGGGUCGCUGCCCACCUCUCACGCCCUCCCGUCGGCACAGGCCACCACCCAUCCUGCUCGUCACGCUGAAACUCUAACUCGGCUCCACCCUUGGUUGCUCCUCUUUCCCUCCUCAUCCGAAACCUCAGUUCCACCGGUGAGUCUCAGCAGCUUCCUUCCAGAAUGCACCUUGGAUCUUCCCCAGCUCUCAUGCCGAACACCAGGUUCCAGGGCUGUCACCAGCCUCGGUCUUGGCCCUGUGUGCACGUCCGCACGGGGCCAAGCCGCCUUCCCAGAGCUCACUGGCCUCGUCUUGCUUCAGGACAGAGACUGGCUGUCCCCUGUGCUGAGAACAAGUUCCGUGCCCCGCUUCGGGCCUGUCCCUCUGCCGUCUCCCUGCACCCCCGACAGGCAACAGGGGACCUGGGCUCUGCAGAGUGAGUGCCUAGCCCCUCUGCAACUUCAGCCAGACACGCCCCCUCAGACCACAGACAGCCGAGCUCUCACUUGUGAGAGGCUGUCUGCACCAGCACUGGCUCACGCAGGAAGAGGGGGCAGGCAGGGUCGGGUGAAGACAUGGGGGGUGGGGUUGGUGACCUGCGUGGGUACAGCACACCAUCGUCUCCUGGACUCUCCUUGGGGGAGGCGGCUAGCCCUCCCACAGUUCAGAAGCAAGUGCAGAGUGCGGCUUAGCCGAAGCCCUGUGACUACAUGGUGAGGCUUUUCCGGGCCCUGAUCACAGGCCCCAAACGGGCAGUGAGCCUGGCAGCCGGCGCCCCAAAGGCUGUAUCUGCAUGUGACCGUGCAGGCCGGGGACCACCUGCGGAAAGGAGAGCAGGCCCCUCUGCUCGCCGGGCACUGCACAGCACCACAGCCCUGUCCCUCGGCAUCAGAGCAGAGGCACCUGAGACACACGUGCUACCGAAAAGGAGACACUGGACAUGGGAGCUUUAUUUUUAAACCUCACAGACACAGAGGACUGAGGGCUGGACACAGGGAGGCCGAGGGGGGCUUGUGCGCUCGGGCUCAGCAGUCCCGCUCUGAGGGUGGACCUCCGGGCCAGCCGGGCCGCAGCCCCGUGGGCCACCCCACGGCGGGAGGACGGGCCAGCCCGGAACCUUUGACAGACGAGGCUUUACGUUUCUGUAGGUGGUUUGGGAGCUUAAGCUGUAGUCGUCCAGGAGUGAAAACCACUUGGAUUUUUUAAGUACCUGGUGAGGUCAUCAGGUAAAUUAAAGGACUUUUGAAAAAUUCCUUUUUCUGAUCCUUGCUAAUAAUAUCUGACAGAUGCCAUCAAGAUUAAGUGUUAAGGUACAAAAAUACUAUAUUUAUGUAUAUAUAAAAUGGCAACAAAACUAAACCACGUUUCUAAAGCAAGUGUACUGUGCCAGAGGGCACGGCCUAGUUUUGUGUUAGAUGCAUUUAUAAUCUUGGCAUCACCUCCUACUCUCCUCAAGGACAGUAUUUUAAAUAAAUAAAAGUCAGGGGAUGAUGACUGCUGUUUAGGGUUUUAAGAGGGUGGAACGUUCCAGCCCUUUCCCAGCACGUCUGGUCGUGGUUUCGUGGGCGUCCUUCCCUGAAGCCAGCUCAUGGUCGGUUCAUUUGGUUUCAAAAGGAGCUUGGAUUUCGCAGAGGACAAAAAAAGGGGUAAGAAUACUCGUAUCAGUUACAAAAAAAGAAGAAAACACAAAUGUCGUAACUCCACUGGGAAGAAGGGUUUGGCGCCCUCACAAGACACAGGACAGAAACCAAAGUGCGCGAACGGAAGGGGCCGGAAACUCGCCCAGAACAUAGAAAAGCUUCAGAUACAAGGUUAGUAUGUACAAAAACCGAUCGGAAGAACUGCGGAAAGAGUCCUCAGUCUCGGCCAAGACCUCGUGGGGAAGCGCUCGGAGUCGCGGCCCCCAGCAUCUCCAGGGGCAGCACUGGGGCUCACGGAGGGACUGGACCGAGAAGGGGAUGUCAGUUUAGGCCAAGUUCUCAAUAGUUAGUACUCACUCCUCAAGGAAGGCGUCCUCCAAGUUUUCACUGAGGACGGAGCUGCCGGAGUGUUGUGUUUCACGUGCCAGCGCACUGGUGAGGCGUCUCCAGGUUUCGGAUCCCGGCAGCGAUGGGAGUCACCUCGCCCUGGAGGCCUCAAGGCUGCACGGCUGGAGGACACACGGGAAGUGCCGGGGCAGCCCAGAGCUUUGGGGACAGCAGCUCAGGGAAGCAGCAGCCGGCGGGAGCACCUGCUAGUGCAGAGACCCCACUGCUGAACAAAGAUCUUCCCUCCCAGUCGAAGACGUGCGUCAGAGGCUCCUCCUCCUCCGUGUGCUGACGCGCCCUGAUGUCCCUGCACCCGGGGCUGCCACGCUUCUCGAGUUGCACGGCGUGGAGACUUAGGCAGAGAUGGUGCCAAAGGGAAGCUCCAGGUGAGCGGCCGAACCAGAACCGGGCAGGGGAGCCCGGAGCCUGCAGGGGCCAUGGCUCUGGGCUCGGGAGGCUGCACGCGGGGCAGGGGCGCGGGCUUGCUGCCAGCGGAUGAACCUCACCUGAGGGCAGUUUCAGAGCCAUCUCAGGCUGAGAAACAUCCGGGCACACUGCUCUCCUUUCUCCCCGCCUCCCCCGGCCCUUUUCAGGCUCAAACA